AUGCAUACAGGUAAACUGAAAACGUCUAAGUAUAGACACGGCAACACGUACGAGGUGGACAAAUCGAUCUACCAGAGUACGCUGGAGAUGGCUACGGCGACGGACAUGGCGGGGUUCCCGGCCCCUGUUUGGGACUCCACCCAAGUUCCUCUCAAGGAUGUACUUAUGCAGUGUGAUGUACCGGUGGUAGCGAAAAUUACAAAGGGACAAUUCCACAAUUUAGGCGUAUCUAAAAUACCACUGAGAAAAUUUCACCAGGAGGUUGUUGUUCAUUCUAUAAAGACAGGCGUGAAAGUGCUAGCGCAUAGUCUGACUCGCUUCGAGGCUCGAGACGGCAGAACGAGUAAGGUUGUACCCCUUGACCAACGACUCAGCAUCCCCAUCACCUACAACGGAUGGUUCGAGCUGCUGUCCGAGGACGGACGGUCCGCGAGGCCAAUAGACAGUGUUUAUAGACUAGCCAGGGAGUUUCCAAGUAAGUGUUUAGUCAGACAAAAUCUUAAAGGUUAUAUGACUAAUGAAGAUGGUAAAUUAACUUUCGAUAAAUCUAAAGUGAUUCCAGCUGGUGAACAACUCUCUCUCUCGGGAACAGUCAACGGCCCAGGAGAUCGGACAAAGUUUCUCCGGUGUACGGACUCAAAGGGCGUAGUUCUGUACCUUAGUUUUGACCAACAAGGGACUUUUACACCAAUAGCCAACCCCGGUGAUGUGUCAGGUGUGUUCAUGUUCAAAGACAUCGUUAAAAUGUUCCGUCUUCCAUUAACAGUGAAACUUGUCAUGGGCGUGUGGCCGAAAGUGGACACGUCAAAGUUCACAGGGUACAUGAGACUGAAUUGGGCUUAUACCGACGAAACGGCAUUCCUGUGUCCUUUAGAUAAACACAAUAUACGAAUCACUCCGGUACCUACAGAGGUUCCCCUCAAACUCAACUCAGUCCAAAACAUGGAAGAAAUUAAGGAGAGUCAGUCUUUCAAGGACAUGAUGACAAAGUGUAACAAAAUGAUUGCAAAUUACAACAACACGAUACACUUGAUUGUAGCUGUACCUGACUCUGUCAAACGGAAGAAGACCCAAGAUCUCAACUCUCUCACACAACAAAACAACACCAUUAACAGAAAAAACAAUGCCAAAUCACUCGUGAAACGUUCGAAGAGUCGCGAGGAUGUCCUUAUGGACGAGAUGGACGAUCUGUAUCAGUACAUUAGGGAUGGAAGGCUCCCUCCAAAACAAAAAUACGGAUAUGAUUCUGACGAGGAAAGUUAUUUUGAGGAGCCUGCAUAUGAACCUCUGGACGAUUUCCGUGCUCGACUGGCUAUGCUUGAAAGGGGCCAACAAGCGUACAAAAACAGUAAGUACUAUCGUCCCACUUCCGCUUUUAAUAUUGGAGACGAAAACUCGCCCGUCCACAACCGUGCUGGUCAACACAGACAUUCAGUAGGUGCAGUAAUGGCGUCCUCUCAAAGCGCUGGACAGCUUCCCUCGGCCCAGAAGGCCGACCCCCCUCCCCUUCCUCCCCGCCGGUAUCACCGGGCAGAGUCUUCACCGAUGAUUCGUAUCCAGUGUAAUCAACAGAUUCAGGACUCGUCCAGUGGCUCAAGUCGAGGGGAGUUGCAAAAAUUAGUGAGUGAUCCAAAAAUUAACAGGAAAAACAGUCGUGACUCCUCGGCAGGGAGUCAGUCAAAAGUUCCUAUGGACGAUCGGAGUACUAGUUCUCGGACUGGUUCGUCUGGCAACCGUCAAUCCAUGCAAACAUUCUAUCUAUAG